AGUAGAGUCCAGAGCGGGGCAGCGGACGCCUGCGCGGAGAGGGCGUGGUCGUCCUCCCGCCCCGCCCCUGUCUAGCCGCGCCAGCGCAGUGGAGAAAGAGCGAGCAGAGGCGGCGCCUGCGCGGUCGUGGCCCAGGAGGCUGUGGCGGUAGCGGCGAUGGAACAAGCGGAGGAACUGAGCGAGUUAGUGUCAGCCGAGGGCCGGAACCGGAAAGCGGUGCUGUGCCAACGUUGCGGCUCCCGGGUGCUGCAGCCAGGGACUGCUCUCUUCUCCCGUCGACAGCUGUUCCUUCCCUCCAUGAGAAAGAAGCCAGCGCUGGCUGAUGGCAGCAAUCCCGAUGGUGAUCUCCUCCAGGAGCACUGGCUGGUUGAUGACAUGUUCAUCUUUGAGAAUGUGGGCUUCACCAAGGACGUGGGCAACAUCAAGUUUCUGGUCUGUGCAGACUGUGAAAUUGGACCCAUUGGCUGGCAUUGCCUAGAUGACAAGAACAGUUUCUAUGUGGCCUUGGAACGGGUUUCCCAUGAGUAACUGAGGGGAAGGGGAUUCAGCUCCACCCCCAAAUAUAAAGCUACUCCCCACAAGAACUGGCAUUUAACUUGGUAUAACUGUUCUGCUGCCUUCCUGUCUGUGCUAACAUAAGUAAUGGAUCCCAACAUGUCCACUUUUCAUGCAGAGGGUUAAUCCUGCCUCCUUAAAGCUUCAAGUCCAUGCCUCUUGUUUAGUUCAUUUUGCAUCACAACAUUUCCUAAUCUCCUUUUUCCCCCAGUUUUGGGACACUGUAGUGCCUCCACAAGUCUAGGCUCAUCCUUAGCCUUGUGCCUAGGCUCUAUUUUACCCAGGGCCUCCUUUUUUCUUGCUGCAGAAAAGUAGUAUUCAGCCUUUUAGCCAUGACAAAAGAUGUUCAUAUGCUGAUAGUUUAGACUCCACCUUUUUCUCUCUCAUUCAAGAAAGCAUACAGAUAGGUGAGAGUGACUUUGUUGUAUAACCUUGUUAUCUACAGUCAUCUUUUUUCUAAAAGGAAAGCAUUUACAAA